UUGAGGUUGGUUUUGACUGAAGUUCGUAAAACACGCAGAGGAGCAAAAAUUCAUUAUGAAUUUUUGCCGCUCCUUGUUUAUAAUUUAUACUUGUAGUGCUUUCGUGACACUUUUAUAUCUUGCUGGGACUGAUGCUAUCCGUAAGAAACGGAUAGUCGAGCACACGGCCGUUGGAUACAAUGAGUGUUCGGGAUUUUUAAAACAACUGAGCGAAGGUGUACCACCCCAGGCAGAACUAUUUUCUGCAAAAAUUGAGGAUCUCUGCAAGAUGGCGGAAAAUGCUACCAUGCGCAUAUUUUGCCAGCAUUUGAAUGAAUCAGAAGAACAGUCGGUAGCCGACUCACUAUCAAAUCAAACGCCCUUGGAAGAGAUCUGUAAAACCCUCCUCCAAAAGCACGAACGCCCCGAAAACUAUUCCGAAAGCCGCAAGCCCAGUGGAAGCUUGCAAAAUACCGUACCUGACGUACAGCAUACUGAAACGGCCCAGGAUGUACCUUGGAUCUGGUUGCCGGUUGUAAUAAGUAUAAUAUUGACUGUAUUAGUUCUUGGUGGUGUUGUGUUCAUGCUUAAAAAGAGCCGUGAUAUUUAAGAUGUUUUGAAAAAUCAUACAACAAAUACGAAAGAAAUCUUGCCACAUUUCUUAUUAUGGCAUCAUAUGUACGCUAUACUGCCUACACAUGAGUCAAUCGGCUCUGUAUCAAUUAUAAUUAGGUUUGUUUCAUGAAAUAAAAGCAUU